UCAGAGAACAGAGUAAUCCAGCGCCCUCCAAUCACAACACACCAUCCCUUCUUCCAGGCAGAACGCUCCCAAACAUGGCUGCUGCGGUACAGUAAAUGCCUACAAGUACAUUUGUACCGGAGAGAAAACACAGUUUUUAAAAGGAUAUCAGCGACGACCUGGAAACUACGACAGAGCUCUACAUGAAUGUUUUGAAGAGGGUCAGUGACUAAUCCUCCAAUCAAAGACCCCAUCUCCCACAGUUCCCUGCUUCUCUCCGCUGGUCCCUGCAGGUGUGGGCGUGCCUCCUGUCACACUGGCAGAGGAGGUGGGGCAUGAGGUGUUGCCAGGUGGGGGACCAAGGCUGCACCCACCUGUCUUCUCCAUCUUCCUCCAUCCAAGUGUGACCCAUUUGAUCUGUGAGCGAACAGAGCAGGAUCCAGGCCGAGAGCCUCGGACGAGCGCCGUCCACAUAGGCACACUGCAGAGCGGCGCUGACGGGGCUCUGCCAGGUGGCGUUGGCUGGUUGAGAAGCAGAGCAUGUUGAGUGGCUGCGGUUGCCAUGGAGCAGCAGGAUAAGAAGCAGGAGGAGGAUGCUGUGACUCUGGGCCUGUCUACCGGCCAGGCUCUGGUGAAGCUCCGGGACCAGCUCAGCAGCCUGCUGGAGCAGCACCAGAGGGCUGGACGCAGACGAGCCUCCACACAGGAACAGUGGGUGAAUAGCUUUCUUUACCAUGGCAACCGUCACUCUUGUCUCCAUUGGCCGGGAGCUGCCCUCACUUUACUGGUCGUGCUGGGGCUCUUCUGUUGCCAUGGCAGCCAACCAAAGGGCAGUUCUGGUAUAGAGCUGAUGAAUGCUGCAGCCCUCCUUCUCCUCUUGCUGCUCAACCUGCUGCUGGUCGGACGUCAGGAGAGGCUGAAGAGGAGCGAGAUGGUCCGCCGCCUCAAGGGCAUCAUCACACAGCUCAGUGACUAUCUGUCAGGGUGUGUGGGUGACGUCCGGUGGUCUCCCUCUCUGUACCCUGACUUGUACACACCCACGUCCCCAUCGUGGUCCCUUCACUGGACCUACCGCGACUCCCAUUUGGUGAACCUGCCCGUCAGUCUGCUGGUGGAGGGUGAUGUCAUCGCUCUGAGACCUGGCCAAGAGGCGUUCGUAUCCCUCAGAGGCAUUAAGGAUGAUGAGCACAUUGUGUUGGAGCCAGGAGAUUUAUUCCCCCCAUUUUCCCCGCCUCCCUCCCCACGGGCCAAUGAGAAGAGAGAACCCCAGAGCCCCCAGCAGCACCGUCUCUUCAGAGUGGUCCGGACCCCAGUACUGGACAUAGUCAGGAACAGUUUGGAGAUGGCAUUGUCUCGACCAAUCACAGUGCUAGAUAAUGAGAGGUUCACAGUGCAGUCGGUCAUCACCAAGUUAGUCUGUCCCGUGGUGCUGGUGGCAUUCCUGCUCGUCAACACCAUCCGCUAUUGUUGUAACGCACCCAGCCUCACCCCACCCUGCUACAACUUCUUUCAACUUCAGCUGAUGGGUGUGCUCCCCAUCUUGCCCCUGCUCUUCCCAGUCAUGUGGGUGCUGUUGAACGCCUUCGGAGAGGCCAGGGUCCUCGCAGAGUUCAGCCGUGCAUCACCAGCUGGUCUGCUUGCUAAGUUCUCUGAGGACACUCUAAGCAGCUACACCGAAGUGGUUUCCUCCCAGGAGAUGCUGCGGUGUGUGUGGAGACAUCUGGUUGGCGUCCUGAAGGGAGAGUCUCAGACACUCUGUUACACUUCCAGCCUCUUACACACACUGGGAUCUGUCACUGUGCUGUGUUGUGUGGACAAGCAGGGUAUUCUGUCGUGGCCCAAUCCCAGUCCAGAGACUGUGCUGUUCUUCAGUGGACGGGUGGAGCCGCCGCACAACAGCCAGGACGAUCUCCGAGACGACCUGUCUGUCAACUCCUACUGCCGAAUGGAGGCCGAUGAUGACAGAGACGAGGCCCAGGAGGCGGAGGCUCUGCUCUGUCUCCCAGCAGAGGCCUCCACCCAGGUGGGAGAGGGUCCUGAGCCCAUUGAGAUGUCACAUGACAUCGCUCGCUCGUCCGACAAUGUCCGGCUCCUGCGCUCAUGCCAGCCUGCGCACACUCGCACCAAACACCAUUCCGGAUCCAACGUGAGCUUCAGCCACGACACUGAGGGAGGCGAGGAUGACCCGACCGGAGACUUUGCGAUGGGCUGCCCAGAGGCGGAGGCUGAGGACUUUGUGUGUGAUUACCACCUGGAGAUGUUGAGCCUGUCACAGGACCAGCAGAACCCGGCCAGCAUCCAGUUCGACGACCUCUCCUGGCAGUGCCACCUGCCCUCCCUCAAGCCGCUGGGCCUCAACAUCAUGCUGAACCUCUGCAACGCCAGCGUCACCCAGCAGCUCUGUCGCUUCUCUGACCACCUGUCCAACCUGGCUCUGCAGGAGAGCCACGGCACCGUGCUGCCCGUCUACGUCCCCUGGGGGCUCUGCGAGCUCUCCAGACUCAUCGGGUUCACUCCUGGUGCGAGGGAGCUGUUUAAACAGGAGAACCACUUGGCUCUGUACCAGCUGCCAUCUGGAGAGAAGACCAAGGAGUUCACUUCCCGCCGCCUGCAUUACUUCACCAAACGCCAGCCUCCCAUCUCCCACCUCAUCUCCCUGUUUGUACGAGACUCUUCCUCCAAUAACGUCCAGAUGCUGUCACAUGGCUCGGCCGACCUCAUUCUGGAGGCCUGCACAGACUUCUGGGAUGGAACAGAUAUCUAUCCCCUCUCAGGCUCCGACAGGAAGAAGGUUCUGGAUUUCUACCAGCGCGCCUGUCUGUCAGGUUACUGCUCAGCAUUUGCAUACAAACCCAUGCAGGUAUCAUUGUCCACCCAGCUGAAUGGGAAGUGUGUGGAGCUGGCCCCCGGUCCCUGCCUCUUCUCUGGAGUGGAUCUGCCCUCCACCACCCCCAUCAAACACAACUCCUGCAGGAACAGCUGGAGCUCUGAUGAGGGGAUAGGUGAGGGUGUGGAGCGUGAGGACUGCGUUCAGGCUCUCAGCGGGCAGAUCUUUAUGGGCAUGGUGUCCUCUCAGUUCCAGGCAAGGCUGGACACAGUCCGGCUCAUCGAUGCCCUGGUCACAGCUUGUAUCCGGUUUGUUUACUUUUCCAUGGAGGACGAGCUCCGCAGCAAGGUGUUUGCAGAGAAGAUGGGUUUAGAGACAGGCUGGAACUGUCACAUCUCUUUGACUCCAAACGGAGACAGUCCCUGUGAUGGAGCUCCAUCCAGUCCGAGUCAGGGCUCGCUGCAUGAAGACCUGAACCAAGAUUCUCGGGAUGAAGCAGAAGGUCCACUGCUGCUAGAGGAGGAAGCCCACUCUGACCUGGCCAGCUUCCAGCCCACAGACAGCGACGUGCCCAGCUUUCUGGAGGACUGCAACAGGGCCAAGCUACCUCGUGGUAUCCACCAGGUUCGUCCUCAUUUGAAGAACAUUGAUAAUGUGCCUCUUUUGGUGCCACUCUUCACUGACUGCACCCCGGACACCAUGUGUGAGAUGAUGAAGAUCAUGCAGGAGAACAGGGAGGUGACGUGCUGUCUGGGAAGCUCCGCCAAUUUCCGCAACAGCCGUCUGUUUCUGCAGAGUGACGUCAGCAUUGCUCUGGACCCUCUGUACCCGUCUCAGUGUUCGUGGGAGACGUUCGGCUACGCCACCGGAGGAGGAUUUAACGAAGAGGUUGAAGGUCUGUCCCCUCUGAGGCUCUCUGGACAGCUCAACAGUCUGGGCUGCUCCGUCACCUUCCACCAAGGAGAGAGUGUCAGCAUGGUCAAGCUCAUAGAGCAGGCACGACACACAACAUACGGCAUCCGCAAGUGCUUUCUCUUCCUGCUGCAGUGUCAGCUCAGUCUGGUCAUCAUCCAGUUCUUAGCCUGCCUGGCUCAGCUUCCUCCACCCAUGAACACCACUGACAUCCUCUGGCUGUCCUGCUUCAGCUGCCCACUGCUAAGUGUGUCACUUUUGGGGAAGCCACCAGACAGUUCAGUCAUGUCCGUUGCCACGGGGAAAAACUUAGACGCAAUUCCGAGGAAGACCCAGAACUACUUCCUUGGCUGUUUCCUGUUGAAGUUCGGCCUGACAGUGUGUGCCUACCUGCUGGCCUUCGGGUUCACCCUGCAGGAGGUCUGCAGGAGCAUCACCUUAGCUGACAACACCACUGUCUCCUGCCUCUCCAGUGUAUUUCUGUGUAACUGCAGCUCUGCCGAUGGCGCUCCUAUUUGGUUCAAUGAGCUGUCAAAUGGCCUGCUGCUGACUCAGAAGGUCAUGGCAGGGUUCCUCGCCUUACACACAGUGGUGAUCUCGCUCAGCUACGUGCACCGCUCUCAGCCUCUGUGGAGAAAGAGCCCCUUCAGCAAUACCUGGUGGUGUCUCACUGUACCUGUGGUUCUGCUCAGCCAGAUUGUUCAGGCCACCGUGGAUUACCAGUUAUGGCGUCACCAGGGCAGCCCGCUGACCUUUAAUCUGGGUGACAUUCCCCUGCUGGCCUGGCUGCUGGUGUCGGUGUCCCUGCUGCUGGUGGUGGUGGUCAACGAAGUGGUGAAGCUUCACGAGAUACGGGUGCGAGUUCGCUACCAGAAGAGGCAGAAGCUGCAGUUUGAAACAAAGCUGGGGAUGAACUCUCCAUUCUGAUGCGUUCCCCAUGAGGACGCUCGUGUCGCAGCAGUACUGGGAAACCAGGGAAGGGCAGGACGCAAACACUGUAGAACCCUCAGUUAACCCUUCAGCCCAAGAGCACUGCAGCAAUCAGGUGGAGCAGAUAUCAACCAAAUGUCAGGGUGGGGGAUUUAUGCCACACAUAUUGAAGCUCCUGGUCUGUUUUCUAAAACCAGCUGAUAUUGUUAUGGUUAUCUGAAGGGCAGGAACAGGAAAAAUUCCAAAGCAUUCAUUUCCAUUCAAUAGAAAAGAGCCAAAAAUAGGCAACUAUUUAUUGUCUGGUUUUAGUUUUAAAGGCAUGAGGAAUGUUUUCUGAAGAGGUUUAUGCUUCCUCACUUUCACUUCUGUUCUCCAUCUCUGAGAGAUUUGCAUGCAUGGUCACUCUUGUUUCCGGGAAUGAUCCAGGUCCCAAACAAUCCACCAAAAACUGCUUCACGUUCAAAGGAGGUUUCUGUGAAGUUUAUUUUAAUGUCAACCAGUGAGACACUGAAAUGUGUCAUAUCAUCACUCCAGUCCAGCCUUUACUCAGUUCAACGUAACAUCAGUGUGUCGUCAUUCAGAGUAAAAACACAUAGGAAAAAAAGGUAGUCUGUAACUAUUGAGCCCCAAAUGUUCCACUAUUAAAUAUAUUCAUAGUUCAUCAUUCAGACAUAUGAAGAAGCAAUAAUUUGUGAAAUAGUUGAAUGAAUUAAGUCUGUUGUUCUCUCAUAAUCACUCAUUUUUAUUUCAUGAUGCUGUGUUUCCUGACAGUGGUGAUGUCACCGCCCUCUCACCUUUCAGCCAAUCACAUACCACUUUGCCUCCUAAGCUAACAAGCUUAACAAUGGCUGCCAGACUUAGCCAGUUAGCCCCCGUUAGCUAGAAUAACAAUCUCAACAUAUAUUGAAACUUAAAGUUUCUUAAAUUAAAUAAAGAGUUAAACUCAGUACACAGACACAGAAAGCUGUACUUUCUGCCUACUUACCUGCCUAGCUUGCUAACUAGCUAGUUGAGGUUAUGCCCUUGGUUCAGUACUCAGCAUCACAGUGAACAGCUAACAGCAGCUAACGUCAGCUAUCUGAAGUUCCUCAAAGUAAAAAACAACUCUGCAAAGAGCAAAGAGAUGGACAGUCUUUCUCUAUGCUCACUAAAAACAACAAGGAGAUAGGUAACACUGCUAACGCUGGCUCUUCACUUUGAUGCUGAAGCCGGAUAGCUAGUUAGCCAGGUUAGCUUGUUAGCAUUAGCAGCUUUUUUUAAGCUUCAAGGCUAAAGAGGUUUAGUAUCUGAUUUUAUUUACAACAGCAGCAUCUAGUUGGUUAUUUCAUUAUUACUUUGACGUUGUUGUUCCUGUGGCUAACAGGAGCUAACUGGCUACAUGUGGUAGUUGUUCAACUUGCUAGCUUAAGAAAAGUAAGGGGUACAUAGAAGGUAAAAAAAAGAGAGACAACAACACUAUCAUGAAAUAAAAAUGCCAUUAUAGAAUUAAAAACAGACUUUUGAAACAUUUCUAUAAUAAAAUACAAAAUGAUUUCCAAUGAAACUCUAAUAAUCAGGUCAGUUAUUUCACAAAUUGUUGGUUCAUUUAUAUAUAGUACACAGUAUAUUCAUAUGAUUACUUAGAUUCUGUGUUUUUAGUGUUUAAUAUUGAACACUUUGGGCCUCCUUAUGUAACAAUAUGUUUGGUCAUUGCUUGACAUGUACAGAAUAGAGUGGAACACUACCUCUGAAAAAAUGUGACAAAGAAGCUUCUCUGAGCUCUCUCUCUGAACCGCUCUGUUGUUCAGCCUUUGAGCCACAUUUUAAUCUUCACUGUGGUCGCCUGCAAGACAAAGUUCUCUAUUAUUUUCUUGUGUUUUGCAACAAAUGUUCUUUACAGUUACUCAAUUCCAGAGCUAAGCCGAGGUCAGACCUGCUGUAACACCAUAAGGGCCGAAGAUUAAGGAUUAAAUUGGAUCAGUCACGAUUUCUACGCACAUAUCUACACUUAGAUAUACACGAUACACAUUUAUCUAACUGAAGGAUGUGCUGGUAUUGCUGCUUUGAACCCACGCAGCUGGCUGUGCAGUGAUCUUAGCAAGUCCCUCCCUGAGUGAUGGAUUUCUGUAUAUAUAUAUUCAGAAAUAUACAGAAAUAAUACAGAAAUAUAUAUAUAUAAAUAUAACAAUGUUUAUUCUGGUGUACCAGAGUCUUCUGAAAGGUGCUUCAUCAUUCAGUUGCCUUCCUCCUCAGUCUGUCUGUGUGUUUUAGCUCUCAACACCUGGAUGGACAGGAGCUCAGGAUACUGUUUAGUUUUAAACUAUAAAGAAUGAAUAGCUGAGUAGAUUUUCACCUGCAGAUGUGUCACCAUCACCCCAGAUUUCAUAUUUGAUCUGCUGACCAGCAUAUUCCAGAGAUCACCUUUACGUGUCCCCAUAAGUUCCUACAGUGAACGUGCAGCAUUACUUCCGUCAGACCAGCUCGCUGUGGUUCUGUUAUUAUUUCAGAUGGAUGUGGUUUUAAUAUUGCUGCAGAAUUGAAGUGGUAUGAUGGUAUUUAGUGGUCAUACUUACUGGUCCCUGAGCCCCAAGUGAUCAGUUUCUCUAUUUCUUUUCCAGAAAAUGUAUUAUAUCUCCUUAUAUAUAGAUAAUCAUUGUGAUAUAAAAUGAUAUUUACUGUAACAUAGGAUUUUAUUUUAUUUUUUAAAUCUUUUCCUCUGAAAGAACUUUUAUCUCUUUUAUCCAUAUUGUCCAAUCAAAUGACCAAAAACUGAUGGACACAGUCAUCCCGGGGCUUUUAGGGAACCUGAACCUUCUGAGGUUUGUUGGUGGUCCAGCCUUGAUUCUCGCCCACUUGUAGUCUUAAUCUAAAGAUGGCAUCAAACAUGGCAUCUGGGGUUUGACCUCAGGUCUGUAGCCACCAUCGAAGACACUGAGGUCGCAGUCUGAUUCCAGACUUCAUGUAUAAAAAUUUGACUAAUUUAAGGCCAUCAGGAACAAAAUGAAUCAGUAAUUUAACAUUACACGGAGAAACCAAAAUCUAAAUGAGAUUUGCAAUCUAAGUUUUACAGACAACUGAAAUGAAGUUAACAGCAAUAUUGAAAGAAUUACAAUGUUUUAUUUUGUAUAUUUUUGGGGUGGGGUUGGGACUUGACCUCAGUAUCUUUUAUAUUGUGGCUACGGCCCUGUUUGACCUGUGCUUGCUUUUAUGUGUGCCUGUUUUAGUUUGUAGCUACACAUUUUCAGUUUAAAGUGAAGGUGUGUGUGAACAAAGCAAAGCUGUCCUCUGGUUUACAGAACCAAAGCACUCGUGACAAAACGAUCGGCAUGAAACUACUGAAGGUUUUUUGACAAUGCAAGAGAAGGAUUUUUAUUUUGAGUCGGCCCUCUUUUAUAUCAUGACAAACAUAUGGAAUAUGCUGCAUGAAUACGAUCCAGUGAAUGCUCUGUCUUGAUCAGUGUACAUGUUAUCUAUUGUUCUACUGUUUAGUUCACGACACAAACGGACUCCAUUGAGCAUGGAUUCAUCCCGUGUGUUACGCAACCUGCAGAGUCGAUAACAUUAUCUAUCACACACAUGCUCGGAGCUGAAACCUCUGCCAGUUGAUUUAUAGGGUGUGGGUGGGGGGGUGAUGGACUAUGAUGUAGUUGUUCACAAGAAACAUAAAUGUAUAUUUUGUAUUUUUUAAAGCGUCUAUGUUCAGGACUUUUGACAAAUCUGUUUGUGUAUUGAUUAUGUCAUGUUAAUAAAUAUGCUCUUUUAUUUA